AUGGCAGAUCACAGUUUUUCACCCGACUUGAAUUAUCCACCUCUGGAUGGUUCUUUAUUGUUCCCCGAAUUUCUUGCUUUCAAUGCUGAAAACAAUUCGGACAUACCUUUCUUUGUCUUCCCAAAAGAUGGGUCAACUGAGGAAAUCGUCUCCAUUUCGCACCUGGAGUUCUAUAGAGCCUCACAUCGUGUUGCACAUGCACUUCGUCCUAACCGUACUGGCCCUGGUGGUGAAGUCAUCGCCAUCAUCGCCAUGACCGACACCAUCCAAUACUUCGCCCUUUUGGUUGGUGUGAUAAUUGCAGGAUACGUUCCCCUCUUGGGUGACAUUAAAUCAGAACUCGGAUCCUUUGACCUCGCGGUUCAAGAUAUCCCGUGUCUUGCGCAGAUAUACCCGAAGCUUGGCCUAGAAACAAUUGAUGACCCCUUUGUACCAUUCCCUGAGAGAGCGAGUCGUCCUUCUAUCAACGAGGUGAUGAUGUAUCUUCAUUCUUCCGGGAGCACCGGCUUCCCGAAAGCUAUCCCCCAGACCUAUCAGACAGUCCUUCAUUGGUGUGCCUCAGCGUCGGUGACAGAUAUGAAACUCUACCCCACUGAUACGCGUGUUGGUGUGAUGCUGCUGCCAUCGUUCCAUACUCUCGGUAUCAUUUCCUCACUAUAUAUGCCAUUGGUUACUCUCCGCAGUGCUUCUGUCUAUACGCCCACCUCGUAUAGCAACCCGAAAGCUACUCCAGUCAUCCCAACCUCUGAAAAUGUAAUCGAGGAGAUACUGAAGUCGCUUCUAUACCUUGGAUAUUCUGGUAGCCCAUUAUCCGAAAAAGUUGGCAAUGCGCUGGCGUCGGCAGGCGUACUUUUGGUAAACAUCUACGGCGGCACGGAGUUUGGUGGCACUAGCACUCUUUUUCGCGAAAAAGAUGAGGUAGGGAAUUGGGUAUGGAUAACCAUGAGCCCUCGGGUGAUGUUUCGGUGGAUUCCACAAGGAGAUGGAAUUUAUGAGUGUCAGAUUCUGCAGAGCCAAAUGCAUCAAGUUUCAGUAGAGAAUAUCCCGGAUGUUAAAGGCUAUGCCACAUCGGAUCUUUUCUUGAAGCAUCCUUCUAAAGAUGGACUGUGGAAGCUGGUGGGGAGGGCAGACGACGUUAUAGUGCUUUCUUCGGGAGAGAAAGUUGUUCCUGCACCUAUGGAGAACAUCAUUGCAUCUAGUCCGGUAGUGGGAGGUACCGUCAUGUUCGGUCGUGCCCGUAAUCAUGUUGGAAUUUUAGUCGAGCCGAGGCAAGGAUUCCACGUCGAUGUUGAAGAUUCAAAGCAACUGGCAGUGUUCAGGAACAAAAUUUGGCCGGAAGUUGAGGCAGCAAAUAAAGGGGCCCCAGCCUUCAGCCGGAUAUUCAAAGAAAUGAUCGUCGUGACUCGCCCGGAGAAACUCUUGCCUCGCGCGGGGAAAGGAACCGUCAUGAGAAAGGCAGCAGUGAAACUUUAUGAUCAGGAAAUUGAUGCUCUGCUCGUCAGAUAUGAGACAGUUGAAGCUAUCACCAGUGCUAGUAGCGAUGUGGAACUGCCAACGGACUGGUCAGAAGAAGCCUUGGUUGUGUGGCUAGGGGAGCACGCUGCUCGCGUAAAUUCGGGCAGGAAAGUAGAUCCCGAAGUGGAUGUCUUUGAGCAAGGUUUUGAUAGGCAUGUUCUGAUUUCCCUGCACCAAAUGAAGCUCAUAGUUUUAACUGCAACUGUUCGCAAAAAUCGAAUCAUCGGGUCGUUUAACUCCUCGUCAGAUGGCAAUGUUCGAACAGCGGCCAGGCGAAUCGACCAGGAUAUCGUUUUCAGCAACCCUACGAUCAAGCUAUUGUCUCAGGCGCUUACUCGUGUGGUCUCUAACCUAGAGUCCACUGAAAAAGGGUGCGCGCUCGUCGAUCUGAGGACGGAUAUUGAAAAUACAGUCGCAAGGUAUUCUGAAGGGUUGACAGGGACACUGAACCCGUUGGAGCACCGUAACGAGGAUGACCUCAAAGGCCAUGUAGUUCUCCUCACCGGUACUACCGGUGGCCUUGGCUCUUAUCUUCUUGCGUCGCUGCUAGAAAACGAACGGGUUAGCCUAGUCUAUGCUUUCAAUAGGUCAUCCAAGGUCGGAAAAACAAGCGAAGAGAGACAGAAAACUGGAUUCGAGGAUAGGGGAUUGGAUAUCGCUCUAUUGAACUCGCCCAAACUCCGAUAUAUCGAAGGCGAUGCUGCACAGGAUAAAUUAGGCCUGGACAGAGCUGUGUAUGAUAAGCUACGAAUGUCCACUAAUAUCAUCAUUCAUAACGCUUGGCGGCUUGAUUUCAGCCUUGCUCUCUCUUCCUUUGGGUCAAACAUUAAGGGUACUCGGAAUCUCUUGGAUUUCGCGCUUUCAUCCCCUGGUGCUUCAAGUUUACGAUUUUUGUUUACAUCAUCCAUUUCCUCUGCACAAGGAUGGGACAAGAACCAAGGCGUGUUCCCAGAAGAAGUGCUUUUUGAUGCAAGCGUUGCGUCUGGUGGGUCUGGCUAUGGUGCUAGUAAAUAUGUCUGUGAGCGGUUACUAGAGAAGAGUGGUUUACAAGCGUCGUCAUUCAGGAUAGGACAGAUAUCAGGAGGACAGCCAAAAGGAGCUUGGAGUCUUACAGACUGGUUCCCCAUGCUAGUCAAGUCAAGUGUAGCCCUAGGUGCUCUACCGCUUGCGAAAGGAGUUGUUUCUUGGUUGCCUCCCCAGGCUGUUUCGCAUGCGAUCUUGGACGUUGCAUUCGCAAAGGCAAAGCCUCCUACAACGAUCAACUUGGUGCAUCCCAGACCUGUGGAGUGGGCAGCGCUGAUGCAGUCCAUAGGGGACGCGUUGAUACAAAACAAACUUAUCAUUAGUUCGCUUCCUACUGUAGCAUUCGGAGAAUGGUUCUCGAGACUAGAAGAGAAGGCGUUUAGUGCGGGUGUAGACGAUUUUGAGGAAAUGCCCGCGAUGAAGCUACUUCCUUUCAUGCGCACGAUCGCCCAAGGUGAUAAAUCCAUCCAAGGCCUAGGAAAUGAUGAUGAAGCAGGAGGAUUGGUUGUGUUUUCUACGACAAAAGCACAGCAAUUGAGUCGAACGAUGAGAGAGCUAGCAUCUAUUACGUCUGAAGAUGCAGCACUUUGGGUGAAAUACUGGGCAUCGAAGGGAAUGUUUGCACGGAAGAUACACCAGUAAAAUGUACGUAAGGUCGAAGUUUCACUGCACUUUUCAGUAGAAUCACACCUUGUAUUUGUCAUGUGAGAUCCUGAAUAUCUAUAACGAAGGGGACGGUGUCUAUAACGAACACCUAUCCGACAUC